AUGGCAAACUAUAUUAUAUCUAUUCUCUUGUUCACAGAACAAAGUAAAUGGCCGGGAGAGAAAUGCAGGAGCGGGGGGUCGCGGCAGUCACCCAUUGACAUCAAGCGGUCAGACAUCGUAAAGGACUUUGAGGGUAAAUUCAUCAAAUACGGAGAUGUUGUGCUUUCCGGGUACCAAGCUGUCAUCAUGGCAGCCACCAAUAACGAAUACACAAUAAUGUUCAGCACGGAAGGCAACCCUGAACAUCACCCGACGAUGCGCGGCGGCCCGUUGCGGCAGCCAUACCGACUAGAACAGAUGCACCUGCAUUGGCUCUCCGAGCAUGCCAUAGAUGGCGCGAAAUUCCCGGUCGAAAUCCACUUGGUCCAUGUGCGCUCCGACCUGGACGUGAGGAGUGCGCUCAAGAAGAAAGACGGACUCGCUAUCUUAGCGUUAUUUGGUAAGAUCAUAGAACAAGAUGAGGCUGAGGAGACAGCAUUCGACGAGAUGACAGCCAUCAUAUCGAGGCUGCAGGCCGUCGGCAGUCGCCUCAAAGGCUUCGUCAUGGACUUGACAAAAUUGAUCGCUCCUAACACUAGUAUUUACUACACGUACGCGGGUUCUCUGACGUCACCAAUGUGUAACGAGGUCGUCACCUGGAUCCUCUUUCCUGAAUAUAUUUAUAUGACGGAGGCACAGUACAACUUGCUGGAAAAGCUGCGCGAAGGGCACUACAACUACCGCAGCCUGCAGCCAGUGGUGCGACAGACCGUGUUCCAGCCGCCGUCAGACUUCUUCAUGGAGCCACAGAUCGUAACCUCGCUCAAGAACGCACUCAUCUCUGUCGUAAACUUCUUUUCCAAUGUCACCAGCUUUAUGAUGAAAGGUUUCGACACACCUUAGCGUACGGCCAACGGGUUGGAUAACUUUCAAGUAUCUCCGCCACUUAUAUCGUCUUGGAUAGAUACAAUAUGGAAAGCUCUGGAAAAACUCAACCCAUGCUCAGAUCCUAAGUCGUACAUGUGCUCCAAGCUCCGCGGAUUGUGUAAGAAACUUAAUCU